AUGUUAUCGAAAGAUCUGAUGUACAGCGGUUAUUUAGAUGGCUCCAACCAGAUUCAUAAGCCACCCCUUUAUUCGGUGGAUCCAAGAAAAUACUUAAUUCAGCACCACAUAGCUUUUCCAAGGAACUACCAUUUCAUCCUGGAUGACACAGACGUGUGUAGGUCCAACACUCCUUUCCUGGUUCUGGUGGUUUCCGUGGCCCCAGGGAACAGAAAAGCUCGGGAUGCCAUCCGGAAAACGUGGGGCACCGAGACCCUUGUUCAGGGAGAGCUGAUCCAGACUGUCUUCCUCCUGGGUCUCCCCAGUGGAGAAAACAUCACAGAGCAGCAGGAGCACGUCAGCAUGGAGAACCUUCAGUACCACGACCUGAUCCAGAGCGACUUCACAGACAGUUACAACAAUCUGACUAUAAAGACCAUGGUUAUUAUGGACUGGCUGGCCACGCGGUGCUCAAAGGUGUCCUAUGCCAUGAAGAUUGACACAGAUGUGUUCAUUAAUGUGGAGAAUCUGGUGAGCUUGUUAAAGUCACCAGGCAUCCCCAAGGAGUUAUACCUGACAGGAAGUCUGAUGUGGGAUAGGCCUGUCGUUCGCGAUCAGUCCUCACCAUGGUAUGUUCCUAUGGAGAUGUACCCUGACCCUCAUUAUCCAACCUACACUCUUGGCAUGGGCUACCUCUUCUCCAUUGAUCUGACAAGCAGGUUUGUGGAGGUCUCCAAAAGAAUUGAACCCUUCAAUGUUGAAGAUGCCUACAUUGGAAUGUGUAUGAAAAAGUUAGGACUCAGUCCCACUGAGCCACCAGAUCCAGACCAGUUUAGAGAUUUCCUCGAUAUUUACAAUCGCUGUAACUUCUCUAAGAUCAUCACGUACAUUCUCUACUCUUCUGAACAGCUGGUGACUCUCUGGACAGACUUAAAAAAGCCUGGCCCACCAUGUUAGCCCUUUGACCAGUGUUGGGGGUAACGCGUUACAGUAACAAUGUUACUUU